GCAGCCAGCUACGGUGGUCUGUAGAGCUCGUCCUGACGGAUUUGCUUUGACAGAUCCGGGUUAGCCGCUAGGAGAACCCAUUUUCUUGCUCAAUCCUCACCGAGGCGCGCAUAUCGCAGGCACAUACAGACCGGAGACCGCAGAGCGUGCGGCACCUCCCUGGCCAUCUCUCUUACCAUCUCCAGGCUCCAAACACCCGAGGACCCGAUAACUGACACGGCGCUGUUCCGGCACUUUCCUGCCAGACAACACUGCGGAAACUUCCUGCCUGCACGCCAAGGAGUUUGAAAUGCGACUAUCUUGUCAUCGGUCAACCUGUUUACAGCCACUGACAUUGUUUUCCUGGCACGGAAACGUCUACGAGAACACUUCAGUCAAUGCGGUCUCAAUGGGCAAGUACCUUUGGAGAACAGCAUCCACUUAAUCCGAGAUACCCAAACAUUACGAGAGUUGAACAAUGCAGGUGUUAAUUUUGAGAGUGAUAUUUUUCCUAGCAUUUAAUGUAGCGGUGCAAACGCACAGACAUGAUGAUAAAUUAAGGACUAAUGUCGUUCCGAAAAACUACAACUACAAUGUCACGCAUAGAAAUUUGCACAAAACCAUCUCAGAAAAUGGUCGGAGAUGGCACCGAGCGUACAGGAGAGUAAUCACUGAGAAGGACACUACAAGGGGACACGCUACAGGUGUGUCCUCGUGGGACGCCAUCAAGACUUUGGUGCAAGACAUAAACGCAACUUCUUUUAAGAUGAAAAUGAUCGCAGAAGAUAAAACCAAACCCCAUGGAUACAAACACGAAGUGCAUUUAAACAGAUCUGAAACGGAGACGACGAAAAACCAUAGAGAGUCUCGGAGGCGAAGGAAAGAAAAGUUUAAUUCUCAGACGGCCGCUGCCAUGGAAACAAUAGGUGAUGGAUACAGUUCCUCUAAGACUCCUUCAGGGAACAAGCUGGGAGGACGCGAGAGGAACCACAGACGCAAAAGAGGCACAAUAGACGACCAGAAUAAAUCCGUUAAGAAUGAAAUAAAAAAGCAUAAUAAAAAGAACCUCCUCAGCUCACAGAUAGAAACUUCACCUGAUGCCUCUCUCGCCAUGUGGGAACCGAUUCCCCUACCUCUGGCCCUUAACCAGUCCACUGAUUUUCCAUUCAAUACUGGAAAUUACGAAUUAUUUACUUUACCGGACGGUGACCUUGGGGAAAUAACCCCACUGAUCCCCCUUAACACGCGGGGGAAGAGAAACUGGAUCAGAAACCCUUUUUACCCCGUAACCAAUGAAUCAUAUGGAGCGUACGCCAUAGUGUGUGUUUCUGUGAUUAUUUUCGCUGUGGGGAUCAUCGGAAACAUUGCAAUCAUGUGCAUCGUAUGUCACAAUUACUACAUGAGGAGCAUCUCCAAUUCGCUUUUAGCCAAUCUGGCCUUGUGGGAUUUUGUCAUCAUUUUCUUUUGCUUGCCCCUGGUGAUUUACCACGAGGUGACGAAAAACUGGUUGCUGGGGGAGUUCUCCUGUAGGAUCAUACCAUACAUCGAGGUGGCCUCCCUGGGCGUGACCACGUUCACGCUGUGCGCGCUCUGCAUCGACCGUUUUCGGGCAGCGACCAACGUGCAGAUGUACUAUGAGAUGAUCGAGAACUGCGCCUCCACCACGGCCAAGCUGGCGGUCAUCUGGGUGGGGGCACUCCUGCUGGCCCUGCCCGAGCUUAUCAUCCGCCAGCUGGCCACGGAGGACGGGGAGCCGGGCGACAACGGCGGCGGCGGCGGCGGCGGCGGGGGGGCCCGCGAGCGCUGCGUGGUGCGCAUCUCCACCGAGCUCCCGGACACCGUCUACGUGCUGGGGCUGACGUACGACGGGGCGCGGCUCUGGUGGUACUUCGGCUGCUACUUCUGCCUGCCCACCCUCUUCACCAUCGGCAGCUCGCUGGUGACGGCGCGCAAGAUCCGCCGGGCCGAGAAGGCCAGCGUCCGCGGCAACAAGAAGCAGAUCCAGCUGGAGAGCCAGAUGAACUGCACGGUGGUGGCGCUGGCCAUCCUGUACGGCUUCUGCGUCAUCCCGGAGAACGUCUGCAACAUCGUCUCGGCCUACAUGGCGGCGGGCGUGCCGCGGCGCACCCUGGAGCUGCUGCAGCUGGUCAGCCAGGCGCUGCUCUUCUGCAAGUCGGCGGGGACGCCGGUGCUGCUCUUCUGCCUGUGCCGGCCCUUCAGCCGCGCCUUCCUGGACUGCUGCUGCUGCUGCUGCGAGGAGUGCGGCGCCGCCAAGUCCUCGGCCGCCACCAGCGACGACAACGACCACGAGUGCACCACCGAGCUGGAGCUGUCGCCCUUCAGCACCAUCCGCCGCGAGAUGUCCGCCUACGCGUCCGUGGGAACGCACUGCUGAGCGCCCGCCGACCCUCAAACCCCGUCCACCUGCCCCAGCCCACCAACGCCACAUUCCCUCCCCCCGUCACGAUGGCGCUUGCGUGUGGUGUCAAUCAUUGCCACGAGGUGAACUGAUCAAUGUGCUUGAAGCACUUUGAUUGGCUCAGUCCGCCGAGUGGCGGAACGUGCAUGGUAGCUCCGCCUACUGCUGUGGUCCGUGACAUCACCGUGCCAUGCACUGUACCCUGUACAGUACCUGCACACUGUUUACCGUAGAGUAGAGGUCUGUACACAUCAUACACUUUCUCUCAUAUAUCUACUGCCAUUAUAUAUACACAGUACAGUACAUAUACAUAUCGUGUAGUAGUUUUUUAAAAUUCCAUAGUCAUUAACAUAUCAGUUAUUACAUUUUUUUAAUUACCGUUUUUUGCACUCCCCCAUUUUUUUGCCCCUCCCCCAUUUUUUUGUUGGGUAUUACUUUGUUUUUAUCGCAAGUGUCUUACGUCUCUGCAUUGUAUUGAAAGUAAUAUAUUGAAAAUGGCUGGUUGUAGUGUAUUGUGGGUUUUUUUUUUCUUUCUGAUAACAGUGAUUCUUGUGAAUCAGUUGAAAAGUAUGUUUAGCUCCCUUGCUAUGUGAGUAUAUUCUUCACUAUAAACAAAUUGAUGUUUGUAUUUGAUAGCAGAAAAUUGUACCAGUAUGCUUUGGGCAGUCUGCACACUCACUUGAGUGUUUUUGUAAUUAUUAUUAUUAUUAUUUUAGUCAAGAAAUGUCACUUUAAUAAAAAAGGAAACUAUGAAUUUGAGUUUAAAAA